CUGCAAACACUACAGACUAUUUACAAGGUAAUAAAACUGCUGCAUACAUGUAAAUGCCACUCAAAUUGAAUAUCUCAUGGCAGCCCUGUCUAAUGGAUUCCAGUCUGUUGUGAUCUGACCAUACAAUGCUACAUUUUUUGCAACCCAGACCCUUUUUUUGUUGUAAAGCUGGAGAUACAUAAUUCACUAAAUAACUUGUUAAGUGUUUUAAGUGUGAGCUUUGGUGUGGCAGCUAUUACAGUGUCCUGUUAUACAGGGACGAUUUCUGAAGGGUGCUGAAUAUUUUCAGCUAACAGAUUUUAUUCCAUUCCAACCUUAGGCUGGUGGUGUCUGGCUGGCAUGACUGCCCAGCCAAGCAGACCUGAAACAGACACGCACGUCUGUUUGUUAAUAAUCCAUCCGCCUUCCAUAACUGCUUACACAGUACUGGCUUAGCAUCCCAAGAAGGAUAGUGCACAAUGCUGGGGACGCUCUGGGUGGGAUGGUAGUCUUUACAUAAUGCUACCUUAAUAAUUAAAUUAAUGAGAAAGACUGUUAUACACAGAGAAAAAUCCCAGCUAAUCAACAUAUAUAACCGCUAAUACAAGAGAGUACCAUUAUCAACUGAACCACUUUUUUUUCUUGCUACUGACCAUCUUCAAAGGUUUAUUGCAACUAAUGCUUAUUCCAACACAAUCUGAAAGUUUAAGAUGAAGUAGUGUUUAAGUAUUGAAAAGCAACAAUGUAUGGCAAGGUGAACUAAAAUAAAUGCUCAUUUACACUCACAAUAGUUCUUAUUUUACAGGUUUCCUCCCUGGAAGUGACUUCAUUAUAUGGGCUUUAUGAGUUUGGUUCAUCCAAACCCGCACCAUGCAUACCGUCAUGUCAUACACAGCUGCAGUCUGCUUUGACGCAGCUUUAUUUUACCUUCUGGGCUGUGGAGCUGCUCCGUUGCUCCCUGUAUUUGGCAGUAACGAUGUCACAGGACUGCUGGCGUUUCUGUGGCCGGCGGCUGCGAUCAGAUGGGGGCUGAUCUGCAGCCUGUGGCUCCCCACUGUGGAUCAGACCUCCAGACCGGUGAUGAGGCGCUGGGCGGCGGUUCACUGUUUCCUCAGCUCGGUCUAUGAGAGCUGCCGGCUAGCGGCGUUCGGGGGUCCGCUGGAGACGGGGAUCAGCCCGGUGGGCAGUCCGGGAUUCACAUUUUUAACCUCCAUAGCAGCCGCUGCUGCCUGUAUGUUUUGGGAGGUCGCGUUCCCUGACACAAACGGGGAAGACAAUGGAAAAGGUAAAAAGCAGAAAGCACGAGUGUUAUUCAUGAGAGUGAUCAGCUUCUGUCAGCCCGACUACCUGAUUCUUCUGGGGGCUUACGUCUUCCUCUUCCUGGCUGUUCUGUUUGAGCUUUUUGCUCUUUUACAAACGGGGAAGCUGAUUGACUCCCUGGGUGUCGAACAUCAGCGGCACAAGUUCCCGUCUGUCCUCCUCUCGAUGGCGCUCUUCUCAUUUGGCAGCUCGCUCUUCACCGCGGCCCGCGAGGGCUUCUUCAGCUGCGCCAUCAGCAGCUUCUCCUGCAGAAUCAAACUGAAGCUCUUCCAUUCCUCGGUGCGACAGGAAAUCGGCUUUUUCGACUCGACUAAAACCGGGGACAUCUGCAGCAGGCUGUCCACGGACACCAGCCUGACGGGACGCGCAGUGUCUUUGAGCAUCAACCUCUUGCUCAGAAGCCUGAUUGAAUUUCUGGGCAUAGCAUUCGUCAUGUUGCGCCUGUCCUGGAAGCUGACGUUGUUGGUGCUGAUGGAGAUGCCUCUCAAUAGCCUGCUACAGAGCGUCUACAAUAUCUACUUCCAGAGAUUUUCGAAGAGAGUGCAUGACUCCUUGGCUCGAGCAAACGAUGUGGUCGGUGAGGCGGCAGCGGGCAUUAGGACCGUGAGGAGCUUUAGGGCGGAGCAUGUGGAGGCCCGGCGCUAUGGCGACAGGCUGAUGGACGUCCACAAGCUCCGGAUUCGCAGAGAAGCUGUCAGGGCUGUUCACGCGCUCAUGAGGAAGGUGACGGAUCAGGGCCUGUGGCUCGCCAUGCUCUACUCCGGCAUAAAGCUGAUCGAGUCUAGGCACAUGAGCACAGGGACCCUGGUCUUCUUCAUGUUCUACCAGAGGGACCUAGGAAACAGAAUCAAGACCCUGAUUUACAUCUUUGGCGACGUGCUGAACUCCGUUAGUGUGGCAGAGAAGGUGUUUGAGUACCUGGACAGGAAGCCCCAGGUGAGCACAGACGGGACCCUGCAGCCGGACACCCUGAGAGGACACGUCCAGCUCUGCAACCUCACCUUCUCCUACCCCACCCGCCCCGAGCUGCCUGUACUCCAGGUCCUGCAGGCUCUGGCCAGUCACCCCACCCAGUCCAUACUGAUUAUUGCUCAUAGGCUGAAGACAGUGCAGAGGGCGGAUCAGAUCUUUCUGAUUGAUCAUGGGGUUGUUGUAGAGAGGGGCACUCAUCUGGAGCUGAUGGGCAAGAAAGGAAAGUACUACAGACUUCAGGAGAAGGUCUUCAUGGAGGAAAGUCCUGGCUAA